AUGAAUUCUCGUCACGACUUUCUUUCCAAGGCACAUGACCACCACGGUGCAGUUCUUGUUGUCCGUCUCGGUGGAAUCGUGAAGUUUGGCCGCCAUGCAAGGGGCAAGUAUUCGAGGGACAAUCUCGGUGUGGAUGAAGAGCGAAGUGGGAGCAGAGUCGUCGACGCGCUCUAUGAUCUGUUACCGCGGCGGAAUAAGCACAAACACGCUCCACAUGACAGCCGUCGUUCGUACUGGAGCAUGGAUAAAGACACCCGGGAACGGGCUGACAGAAAUCAAACAUACUGGCUAGACCGGGGAAUCGAACCCGGGGCCUCCUGGUUUGUACUCAGCACUGUCGCCUUAAUCGCUAUUGCCACCGUUGGCAGUGCCAUGUCUCUUGGGAACCCUACCCUGGAUACGCUUGAGGGUCGCUCGUUCGACGAAGAGGACCAUGGUCUCGAAAGGCGCGUAAAGCUCCAGAAGCCGUGCAACUCGAAGUAUCAGAAUUGCGGAGACAAGAUCAAAUCCGUAAAGAAACCGAAAGACUGGGUGAUCGAGCGUUCUCUCGAUGACAAGACCGACGUCGAAUUUGACCUCGACUGA